AUGCACAAGUUGGUUUCCGAACAGACCCAACUGAAGAAGGAGCUCGAGAAGCUGAAGUCCGACAAGCUGGCCUUUUCUACGGCGUGGGAAAGCUACAUUACACAGAUGCUGGAAAUGUGGCAGCACCAGAGCGAAUCCAGACUUGCCGCUCUGGAUGCUUUCGUCGACAAAGAAGCGGACCUCGUCUCCAAGCUCGCUGCAGUUACCAAGGAGCUCGCUGCAGCGACCGCCGCCGAGGCCUCCGAAGGCCACGAUGUGGACAAGGAGGACGACUCGGAUGUGGAGCUGCAGGCGGCCGAAGAUAUGGUGGCCACUGCAGCGGCUCAAGAGGCGGAAGUGCGCGAAAGGCACCGGGUCACCAGGGAAAAGAUGGUCGAGCAGAACAAGCGGCUGCACGGAAUGCUGGAACAGGCCCGGCAAGACGCAGAGGCCGGAGCUGCCAGGGACGGCAGCCGCACGCCACGCCGCAAGGUCAAGGAGGAGCCCAGCGAUGGGGAAGUCGUGGACCUGACCAAGCCGUCGCGCCCUGGUGCGGUCACACUCAUGAAGGACGAGCUCGAUACCCUCUUUCCCUACGCGGAGGAUCCGAGGCUGGAGCUUGCCGAGGCUGAAGAAACAGAGCUGCAGCGCAGCCAAGCAGCGCGCGCCGAGUAUGACACCAGCGCUGGAAUUGAAACGGUGGAUCAACCCUUCCAGAUUCUCUCGGUGCGCAUGCACAG